UAGGUUUAUUUUCAAAAUGGCGACUACGUUUGAUCAAGAGCUACGAAAGGCGUUUCAAGAACUCCAAGAAAAAAUGAUCGAGACCACGCAACGUGUUAAGGUGGCAGAAGGUCAAAUUUUGCAACUUCGAAGGAAGAUUGCUCAUGCCAAAUUGACAGACCAAGAACUAGCGUCAUUGCCUUCUGAUAUACCGACUUACCAAGCAGUAGGAAGAAUGUUUGUCCUCCAGCCUGUAUCAGAUAUCAGAAAGGAUCUUUCUCAAAAACUCCAAAGUAAUGAAGAAAAGAUAAAAAGCAUUGAGGCUAAUAAAGAAUAUCUUCAAAGAAGUGUCAAAGAACAUGAAGAUAAUAUCAGAGAAAUGCUUGCUAGCAGACCAAAAUAGACUUACCACCAUCACUCUAUUUAAUUUUUUAUCUUAGACUUACCCAAGACUUUCUUGUAUAAUUUACCAUUUUUGAUGAAAGUCAUAGGGAAAUGAGUUUGCUAUCAGAUUGGAGCAGUGGGUUAAAGGACCCAUCAUUUUAAGGCAGACAGUUUCUGGAGUUGUUUGAAAAACUAUUGAGUCAUAGGCUAACGACAAUAAAAAGGCUAUUUGUAGCUAUUAAUGGUUUUUGUUUUGUGAAAAAAGAUUGUGUUCCUCAAGAAAUGGAAAACUGUCAUUCUGUA